UCACACUUUCCUCUUUCAUCAACUCAAUUUCUCAAACAAUCGCGUAUUUGUUUAUCGGUUUUUGAAUCUGUAAUUUGUUAGGUCAUUGUACAAUAAUCAUACGAAGUUUCGUUGAACUUUCUCUGACUGAAAUUUACCGAUUCAAGCUCUGAAACUUCCUGUUGUACAGACUACGUUUUGGGUCUAAGUUUCCUUCAUUGUAUAAAGAAUUUAAUUCUUUCUCCGUCGUUUCCCUUUUGCUUUUUUUCGAUUUUGUCUCUUUAUUGUUCAACGUGUAUAUAAUAUUACAUGUAAUUGACUAUUGUUUCAAAGAAGCCAAGACGAAAGAAGAAAGAAUCGUUGUUGAUUAUUUUGGGAUUUGAUUUUGAUUGAGCGAAGCAGUUUAGUGAUAGUGGGAUUUUGGGGGAGGGAUGGAGAAUUAUCUGAAUGAGAAUUUUGGUGGAGUGAAGCCGAAACAUUCAUCUGAGGAGGUGUUACAGAGAUGGAGGGAUAUGUGUGGUCUUGUGAAAAACCCUAAACGGCGGUUUCGUUUCACGGCGAACCUCAGCAAGCGCAGCGAGGCUGCUGCUAUGCGUCGUACCAAUCAGAAGUUAAGGGUUGCGGUUUUGGUGUCGAAGGCAGCAUUUCAGUUUGCGAAAUUCGCAGAACCCAGUGACCAUACAUUACCGGACGAAUACAAGGCAGCUGGUUUCGACAUCAGCGCCGAUGAAGCCGGUGCGCUAGUUGAAAACCACAACCCCGAAAAACUCAAAUUCCACGGCGGAGUACAUGGCCUUGCAAAGAAGCUUAAAACCUGCACCAUCAAUGGACUCGCCAUGGACGACAAAGAUUUGAGCUGCAGACAGGAACUUUUCGGAACCAAUGAAUUCACCGAACGUGAGCAACGAAGCUUUUGGGUGUUCGUAUGGGAAGCCCUCCAAGACAUGACUCUCAUGGUCCUCGCUGCUUGUGCAAUUGUCUCUUUGAUCGUCGGCAUAGCCACCGAAGGGUGGCCGAAAGGCUCCCACGAUGGUCUCGGAAUCGUGGCGAGUAUUUUGCUGGUUGUGUUCGUGACAGCAACAAGCGAUUAUCGUCAAUCGUUACAGUUCCGGGAUUUGGACAAAGAGAAGAAGAAGAUAUCGAUUCAAGUUACCAGAAACGGUUAUCGGCAAAAGUUAUCGAUAUACGAGCUUCUUCCCGGUGAUCUUGUCCAUCUCGCCAUCGGAGACCAAGUUCCGGCAGACGGAGUUUUCGUCUCCGGAUUUUCAGUCUCAAUCGACGAAUCAAGUUUGACCGGCGAGAGCAAUCCGGUGAAAGUCAACUCCGAGAACCCUUUCUUAAUGUCGGGAACCAAAGUCCAAGAUGGCUCCUGUAAGAUGCUAGUCGCAACAGUCGGGAUGAGAACUCAAUGGGGAAAAUUAAUGGCGACUUUGAGCGAAGGCGGAAACGACGAAACUCCAUUACAGGUGAAAUUAAACGGAGUCGCCACCAUCAUCGGAAAAAUCGGUCUUUUCUUCGCCAUCGUAACGUUUACAGUUCUAGUUCAAAAACUCUUCUCCACCAAAUUGAUCGAAGGAACUCAAUGGAAUUGGUCCGGCGAUGAUGCCCUAAUGUUAUUAGAAUACUUCGCAAUCGCUGUCACCAUUGUUGUCGUUGCAGUUCCCGAAGGUCUCCCAUUGGCUGUAACACUAAGUCUCGCUUUUGCCAUGAAGAAGAUGAUGAACGAUAAAGCACUUGUCAGAAACCUCGCCGCCUGUGAAACCAUGGGGUCCGCCACCACUAUUUGCAGCGAUAAAACCGGAACUCUCACCACCAACCACAUGACAGUUGUCAAAUCAUUCAUUUGCAUGAAAACCUCCACCAACGACAUUCCGACCACCGCAUUAAACAUCCUCCGGCAAUCAAUCUUCACCAACACCGGUGGAGAAGUCGUCAGCAACAAAGACGGGAAGCGGGAAAUCCUCGGGUCGCCAACAGACACCGCGAUUUUGGAAUUCGGGUUGUCGAUUGGCGGCGAUUUUGAAACGGAACGCCAGGUGGCGAAAAUUAUCCGGGUCGAACCGUUUAACUCCACUAAGAAGCAGAUGGGGGUGGUGGUGGAGCUUCCCGGAGGUGGUGCUAGAGCACACUGUAAAGGUGCUUCCGAAAUCGUCUUGGGGAAUUGUGAUAAACUGAUUAACGAAAAUGGUGAAGUUGUAAAUCUUGAUGAAGAGUCUCUUACUUUAUUAAAGAAAAAAAUCGAUGAAUUUGCUGACGAGGCUCUCCGGACACUAUGUCUAGCGUAUAUAGACCUAGAAAGUGGUAAUUCCGGGGAAUCACCGAUUCCAUCAUCCGGGUACACUUGUAUCGGAAUUGUGGGGAUUAAAGAUCCGGUCAGGGCAGGGGUGAAGGAGUCGGUGGCUCUCUGUCGGUCAGCUGGGAUAACCGUUCGAAUGGUGACCGGAGACAAUAUCAACACUGCAAAGGCGAUAGCUCGAGAAUGUGGGAUUCUGACGGACGACGGAAUUGCGAUUGAAGGUCCGGAAUUCCGAGAGAAGAGUUUGGAGGAAUUGAUGGUUUUGAUUCCGAAGAUUCAGGUGAUGGCUCGGUCUUCACCGUUGGAUAAGCAUACGUUGGUGAGACAUUUGCGGACCACUUUUGGUGAGGUGGUGGCAGUGACUGGAGAUGGGACGAAUGAUGCUCCGGCACUUCAUGAGGCGGAUAUUGGACUUGCUAUGGGGAUUGCUGGAACUGAGGUGGCGAAAGAGAGCGCUGAUGUCAUCAUUCUGGAUGAUAAUUUUUCAACGAUUGUUACAGUUGCAAAAUGGGGGCGAUCGGUUUAUGUUAACAUUCAGAAGUUUGUUCAGUUUCAACUCACCGUCAAUAUUGUCGCGUUGAUCGUCAACUUCACUUCCGCUUGUUUGACAGGGAGUGCACCGCUGACAGCUGUACAGCUAUUGUGGGUGAACAUGAUAAUGGAUACAUUGGGAGCACUAGCACUUGCAACAGAGCCUCCAAAUGAUGAGCUAAUGAAAAGAGCUCCGGUUGGAAGAAAAGGGAAUUUCAUAAGCAAUGUGAUGUGGAGGAACAUCUUCGGGCAGGCUGUGUAUCAGUUUGCAGUCAUUUGGAUGCUUCAAUCGAAAGGGAAAUCAUUUUUCGAGCUCAAUGGAGAUGAUUCUGAUCUGGUCCUCAACACACUAAUUUUCAACUCUUUUGUCUUCUGUCAGCUUUUUAAUGAGGUUAACUCGAGGGAAAUGGAGAAAGAAGACGUGUUGGAUGGAAUAUGGAAGAAUAAGGUUUUUGUGAGUGUGAUUGCUGCAACUGCGGUUUUCCAGGUGAUAAUUAUCGAGUGUUUGGGUACCUUUGCGAAUACGUCACCAUUAACAGCCAAACAAUGGUUUUUUAGUGUUUUUACUGGGUUCUUGAGUAUGCCAAUUGCUAAGUAUCUGAAAAGGGUCCCUGUUUAAGGCAAAACAUGAAGUCUUGAAGAUAUGAUGUUUUUAGAUUGUUAGAAACCAUCCAAUUUGUUUAUCUUAGUGUGAUGGUGUUUUACUAACGCGACUAAAAAAAUUACCGAAAAAGGAAAACUGAAAUCAUUGUCGUGCUUUCAUUUGGAUUUUAGUUUCAUUUUAGGUGGUUUUGUAGAUAUGGAUAUUUCUUGAUUAUGUAUUUAAGAUUGAUUAGUUGUGUAAUUCCUUUUGCUUUUAA